CCCCACUGCAAAUAAAGGGAGAUAACGGGCGGUGAGUAGCGGCUGAAAACGUUUUAUACUGACAUGUUAGAGCAAUGACUUUUGCGUAACCGCGUAAAAACUGGGACUAGGCUCCCAGCACGAGGAUGAUAUAGGGUUCUUACGGAAAGAGGAACAAGAAACGAUAGCCACGGCCGGGUGGGGAAAAGAAAACGGCGAAUCCGUUAAAGUUUAGGAAGAGAGAGUGAGCGACAGAGUGAGCAGGAUUCCCGAAAUUGAGAGCAAUCCAAAAACAUAGGUUGCGGUGGAAGAGCGAGUGUACCCAUUUGAAAGAUGAGCUUGAUGUCUGCCAUAGACACCAGUGCCUCAGUGUACCAGCCUGCACAGCUCCUGAAUUGGGUCUAUCUCUCUUUGCAAGACACCCACCAGACCAGCGCUUUUGACGCCUUUAGACCCGAACCCAACUCUUCCCACCCGGAGCUGAACUACUGCAAGACUCCUGCGGCGGACCUGAGUUCGUCCCUCAACUCCAACUAUCUCAACAACUUUUUUCAGCUCCAGCGGAAUGAGGCGUUGAAUAACAGCGUGUAUAAGAAUGUCUCGCCAUACGGCUCGCUCAACAACAUCGUUGAUGGACUCAACUCCCUGACGGACCACUUCUCCGACCUCUCCCUCUCCUCAGAGUCCCGCAAGCCAAGUAAGAGACCCCCGCCCAACUACCUGUGCCACCUAUGCUUCAACAAGGGCCACUACAUCAAAGACUGCCCCCAGGCAAGGCCUAAAGGUGAGGGUCUAACUCCGUACCAGGGGAAGAAGAGGUGUUUCGGAGAGUACAAAUGUCCGAAGUGUAAGAGGAAGUGGAUGAGCGGCAACUCCUGGGCCAACAUGGGACAAGAAUGUAUCAAGUGCCACAUCAACGUCUACCCACACAAGCAGCGUCCGUUGGAGAAGCCUGAUGGCCUGGACGUCUCAGACCAGAGUAAGGAGCACCCUCAGCACCUGUGUGAGAAAUGCAAAGUCCUGGGCUACUACUGCCGACGAGUGCAAUAAUACCUUAAUAACCCCAACUGUCUAAUUCCCGCAAAAAGAGAGGAACCAUCGCGUGUCCCCCUCCUCCUUCUCCCUCAGAGAGAAACCUAGAAACCCUCCAGUACUGCCUUCCCAUUUGCCUCUUCCCCCUCCUUGGAAAGAGCGGAACCUCACUGUCCCCACCAAUACUGCCUCCCUUGCCUCACUC